AUGCCGGCCGCGCUGCUGAUGGAGACUUCGCAGUCUCUCUCCCCGGCCCUGCCUCUCUCCCUCUCCCUGUCUCUGUCUCUCUCCCAGUCCCUGUCUUUCUCCCUGUCCCUGUCUCUCUCCUUGUCCCUGUCUCUCUCCUUGUCCCUGUCUCUCUCCCUGUCCCUGUCUCUCUCCCUUUCUCUGUCUCUCUCCCAGUCCCUGUCUCUCUCCCUUUCUCUGUCUCUCUCCCAGUCCCUGUCUCUCUCCCUGUCCCUGUCUCUCUCCCUGUCUCUGUCUCUCUCCCAGUCCCUGUCUUUCUCCCUGUCCCUGUCUCUCUCCCUGUCCCUGUCUCUCUCCCUGUCUCAGUCUCUGUCCCUCUCCCUGUCUUUCUCCCUGUCUCUGUCUCUCUCCCUCUCCCAGUCCCUGUCUCUCUCCCUGUCCCUGUCUCUCUCCCUGUCUCUGUCUCUCUCCCUCUCCCUGUCUCUCUCCCUGUCCCUGUCUCUGUCUCUCUCCCAGUCCCUGUCUUUCUCCCUGUCCCUGUCUCUCUCCUUGUCCCUGUCUCUCUCCCUUUCUCUGUCUCUCCCCCAGUCCCUGUCUCUCUCCCUUUCUCUGUCUCUCUUCCAGUCCCUGUCUCUCUCCCUGUCUCUGUCUCUCUCCCUGUCCCUGUCUCUCUCCCUGGCCCUGUCUCUCUCCCUGUCUCUGUCUCUCUCCCUGUCUCUGUCUCUCUCCUUGUCCCUGUCUCUCUCCCUGUCCCUGUCUCUAUCCCUGUCCUCGCAGUCUCUCUCCCUGGCCCUGUCUCUCUCCCUCUCCCUGUCUCUGUCUCUCUUCCAGUCCCUGUCUCUCUCCCUGUCCCUGUCUCUGUCUCUCUCCCUCUCCCUGUCUCUCUCCCUGUCUCCCUCCCAGUCCCUGUCUUUCUCCUUGUCCCUGUCUCUCUCCUUGUCCCUGUCUCUCUCCCUUUCUCUGUCUCUCUCCCAGUCCCUGUCUCUCUCCCUUUCUCUGUCUCUCUCCCAGUCCCUGUCUCUCUCCCUGUCUCUGUCUCUCUCCCUGUCCCUGUCUCUCUCCCUGGCCCUGUCCCUGUCUCUCUCCCUGUCUCUGUCUCUCUCCCUGUCCCUGUCUCUCUCCCUGGCCCUGUCUCUCUCCCUGUCCCUGUCUCUCUCCCUGUCCCUGUCUCUCUCCCUGUCCCUGUCUCUCUCCCUGUCCCUGUCUCUCUCCGUGUCCCUGUCUCUCUCCCUGUCCUCGCUGUCUCUCUCCCUGGCCCUGUCUCUCUCCCUCUCCCUGUCCCUGUCUCUCUCCCUGUCCCUGUCUCUCUCCUUGUCUCUGUCUCUCUCCCUGUCCCUGUCUCUCUCGCUCUCCCUGUCUCUCUUCCUGUCCCUGUCUCUCUCCUUGUCUCUGUCUCUCUCCCUGUCCCUGUCUCUCUCGCUCUCCCUGUCUCUCUCCCUGUCCCAGUCCUUCUCCGUGUCUCUGCUUCUCCCCCUGUCUUUCUCCCUGUCUCUGCCUCUCCCCCUGUCCCUACGGAGCGAGGAUCGUGACGGGCGUGGAUCAGCCGCUCUGACUGACAGCUGGCUCCUGACCACCACUUAA